CACUUGCACGUUUAUUUUCUCGCUUCGCUGUGUUUAUCUGUGUCUCCGUGAAUUGUUCGUGUGCUCCAGGAACUGGAACUACUCCUUGUUGAUUUCGGUUAACUGCUGUAGCGUUGGAGUAGAUUUUGGGGAAAUGGUUAUUGUGUGAAAUCGCCUGGAUGCUUACGUGGGACCACUUGUCUCUAAUGCUUCAAUGGAUUUGAAUGUGAACGGAGUGGAUUUGUCCGGGGAAUCAAAACAAUAAAUCUCUUCAAUCCUCUAAACGACAGUAUUGUAAGUAAACAAGGAAAGAAAACGCGAUGAUUCUCGCAACUUUGUACAUCGUGUUGCCUCUGCUGGAUGUGCUGUUGUCUGCUGAGGAGAGCGUGUUGUCUCGCACGGGCCGGCUGGACUGUGUGAAAGCGAACGAACAGUGUUUGAAGGAAACAGGCUGCAGCUCCAAGUACCGGACAAUGAGGCAGUGUGUGGCAGGGAAGGAGACCAAUUUCAGCAUGGUGGCGGGACCCGAGGCGCAGGACGAAUGCCGGAGUGCCAUAGACGCCAUCAAACAGAGCCCACUCUACAACUGCAGGUGUAAACGGGGCAUGAAGAAGGAAAAGAACUGCUUGCGCAUUUACUGGGGAAUUUAUCAGACUUUACAGGGAAAUGAUUUACUGGAGGACUCACCCUAUGAGCCAGUGAACAGCAGGCUCUCUGAUAUAUUUCGGUUAGCCCCCAUCAUAUCAGGUGAGCCAGCGGUGACGAAGGAGAACAACUGCCUGAACGCAGCAAAGGCCUGCAACCUGAACGACACCUGCAAGAAGUACCGCUCUGCGUACAUCAGCCCCUGCACCAGCCGCGUGUCCACCGCCGAGGUGUGCAACAAGCGCAAGUGCCACAAGGCCCUUCGCCAGUUCUUCGACAAGGUCCCGCCCAAGCAUAGCUACGGCAUGCUCUUCUGCUCCUGCCCGCUCUCCGACCAGUCGGGAUGCACCGAGCGCCGCCGCCAGACCAUCGUCCCCGCCUGCUCCUACGAGGACAAGGAGAAACCCAACUGCCUGUCCCUGCAGGCAUCCUGCAAGACCAACUACAUCUGCAGGUCACGACUUGCCGACUUUUUUGCCAACUGUCAGCCUGAACCUCGCUCUCUGUCUGGCUGUUUGAAGGAGAACUAUGCUGACUGCCUGCUCUCCUACUCUGGCCUUAUCGGUACAGUGAUGACCCCAAACUACCUUCGCUCUCCGCACAUCAGCGUGUCUCCCUACUGCGACUGCAGCAGCAGCGGAAACAGCAAGGAGGAGUGCGACACCUUCACACAGUUCUUCACAGACAACAGCUGUCUGCGAAAUGCCAUCCAGGCGUUUGGUAAUGGCACGGAUGUUGGGGUGUGGCAGCCCGUGCCUCCAGUACUGACCACUGCCUCCACCACUGCCCCGCCCCACAGGGGCAGGGACAGGUCUCCCAAUGCACUGGAUGCUGCCACCCACACCAACCACCUCAAUACGGUCGACGGAGCUGUCUACCACUUCUGUGGGAGCUUGCAGGCUCAGAAGUUGAAGUCUAAUGUGUCGAUGGACCCAGUGCUGUGUGUGGAUCCUCCAAUCGACGAUCAGAGCCCAUCGAACGCCAUCUCAAGGAACUGCGCCUGGCGGAGGGCAUCCUUUAGUCUGAGCUCUCUGUUGCUCACGAUGGUCGCAGUGCUAUACUGCACUCUUGAAGGCCCCCCCUCACAAGAGCUCUUGUAGCUGCUUUGGUGUCACACAUGGACAGACAUCAUUUGUACAGAAUUUCUUUCUGUUCCAAGUCGCCUGUUGUACUUCAUUUUUUGGUUCAUUUUCUCCAAUUCUGGUUUUAGAGGCUGUGUUGAAGCUGUGUGCUAAUUGGUGUAGCUGGAUUUUUCUCUGUUCUCUCUGGUUUUUGAAGGAGAGUUCCUUCAGUGUUUAAUGCUAAAGUGAAUAUUUGAUAUGUUGCUACAUUCCAACACACAAUGGCUGCUGGACAUGUGAAGGCUGUUGGGGGAAAGACAGCGGUAUGUCCCAGGGACUGUAGCACAGGGCGACAGGGUGAGAAAUGGUACAGGAUUUGAAGUGCGACAGGGAGUGGAGGAGGCUACAGUAGGAGUAAGGACUUACCUGAAUGAGACAGGCAGUUUUUUUAGUGUUGAAAAUCUUAUAUGUGGUGUUUGUGUUAUCAAACAUUGUCCAUCUUUUCCAACCGGACAACAGCUGAGGAUGAAGAUGAGGAUGAGGAUGAGGAUGAGGAUGAGGAUGAGGAUGAGGAUGGUCAUGAAAGGGAGGCCCUGUAGAUGGACAGAGAAGGCCAAAGGUCAAAGGUCACCUGUCCUUAUGGCUCUGCAGGGACUUAUAACUGACCUGUUCUAAUGUUCUCUACUUUCAAUGUUCAUGUAAAGUGACUACACAACCCUGCUGCUAAUGAAUCAUUUGCGGGCAACACAUCCUUCUGAUGUGAUCUUCAUGUCCAUCUGAUGACAAUUAUCGGGACUACUGUAUCUGACAGCACGUAAUAUACAAACACAUGCACGUAAGCACAUACACACACACCUACACACAUGCACACUUUUGUACCUUUGACUCUGAGCAGGUUUCAUUCCCAAGACAAGAGACAGGAGACAAAUUCUUACAGUAACUGUGAUAUUUAGCUCGUCUCAACUAGCUGUUAUCUUGCAGAUAGAAAUGUUGAGGAUUUGUUUUUUUUGUUUUGUUUUUUUUGGAGAGUUAGGAGCUAGGUUAAAUAAAGAAUAGUGUGAUCAUUGUAAUGAUGAUGCAUUUGAGAUCAUUUUCUGCGUGUUAGUAAAAGUGGCAUUCGCACACCUGUAAUUCUCUCAAGACACAGGAAGAAGAGCAAAAUUGGUCUGAUGAGGUGUUCUCAUUCAGCUGAACAGCUGAGCUCUCUUCUGUGUGCUUCUGCACUGUGCAGUACAGUUAAAAAGAGCAUUAAAUGCCAAAUCUGAUUCAAUCAGACAUGGAUUCAUAUAAUGACCACUUCCUAGAAUGCAUCUCUGUAAUUGCACAUUAUCACACAAUACAGCCAAACCGGCAAUUGUGUUCUCUUUACCAAUUCACACCUACUUCACACUAAAGCUGUCAGUUGUUUUAACUCCGGAAAAGAGGACUGGAUCAAACAUGGUUUGACACCUGAACUAAAUGGAAAUAUAAAAUGUAAUCCUUGUCAGUAUUUUGUUGCGUUCUUUCGUAUGUUUGUUAGAGUGUACGUUUACUCCGAAAAUUACUAAUGCAAUAUCACUUGUGCGGCAUCAUGGCAUUUAAAUGAGAGAAAUGGUGUGAUGAUUGAAAAUCUCAUUCAGUUCUAAAAUGAAGAUAAAUAACUGCCUAUAACGAACCUAUGCGCCCACCAUCCAUUCACCCCGCACACACAAGUCGCAUGUGCAGUGAAUUUCUUCGUCAUCACACACACACACAUUUGAUAGUUUCAGCUGUGCUGCUUUUGUUUGUGUGGCUUUUACGAAAUCUGUGUAUAUUACUCAGUGUUACCCAGCUACCUACAAUGUUCACUUCUAUUUACAGGGCAUUAUAUGAUAUAUGUAUGUGCUUAAUUAAUGCCGAUUGGGAAGACUGUCUCAGUGUUGUCGCUAAUGAGAACACAGUUUGUGUGACUGGGAUUUAGUAUUUUCUUGAAAAAAUCUAUAUAAUUCAAUCUGGCUUAAUAAUUAUCAUGACAUAUAAGAAAAUGCAUUCUUUUUUGAUGACAUGCUAUAUAUUUUUAUUCUGAGCACAAUUUAUGUAUUCUUUCAUGGAUGAGACAUGGAUAUUGAGUUGAAAGCCUUUUUUUGUCACUAUGGCUGUCCAGCUGUCUCUUGAACAGGAAUAUUGUACCAUAGGUCCAUUUCAGCUGUUGCCUACAUAUGAUAUUGUUUAUGGUAAAUACCCAGUUAUUUUUCUAUUUCUUACAUUGAUACUUUAUUUAUUGUAUUAAUCUCUCCCAUGCAUUCAUGGAGCACAGAAUUGUAUAUGGAUAAAAUAAUAUGAAUAGCGCAUGGAGAACAAUUAAUGCAACAAAAAGAGAAAUCAUAAGUAUUUGUUUAUCCAAUUUAAGCAGGCAUUGUUUAUCAGGCAGCCAUGUGAGCUGUUUUAAUUGCAGUGUUUUUGACAGGGAUGGUGGGGAUAUUGAUGAGGCAGCUCUGGUGGUAGUGGUGGGAUUGCUGGUACUGCUAGAGGGCCCAGGGGUGGGGGUAUUGGGGGCAGCAGUAGGUGGGGAACAGGGGAAGCUUAAGGCCCCAGAAAAGCAGUAGCGGGUCAAAUUAUUUAAUAUUUGUAUCCCUCCAUCUGCAUUAAUUUGGUUGUAAAAUAAAAUGAUCAAAAAUGUUUAUACUUACAAAAAAAAAACAAAUUAAUGACACUUCAGCUA